CUUAAUUUUCUCGGCUUUAAUUACUUACUUCCAUCAUCAUCUCUUUGAUCCUUCCCUCUUGAAUUCUUUACAAGUUCAAUGGCGGAUUCUUGCUCACACUGGUGGCACGCUCCCUUCUACGUUACCCUUUCCAUAGCUCUGGCCUUCGUUGCCAUCUCCACCGGAAUCCACCGCUCCGGCGGACCUGAACCCACUCCGGUGCUGUCACUUCUUGUUCAUAACGAAUCCUCCUUCAACGCUUCCGUCGCCCUCCGCCGCCGCGGCGGCUUCACCGUCUUCGCCGCCCUCCUCCAGAUCUCGCCGGACCUCUUCCUCUCCCCUCCGGAUUCCACCGUCUUCGCCGUCCACGACUCCGCCUUCUCCAACCUCUCCCUCCCUUCCUGGGCCAUCAAGCACCUCCUCCUCUACCACACCUCCCCUGCGUCGCUGCCGUUCCGAUCUCUUCUCCGGCACUCUCCGGCGACCUGCCUCUCCACCCUUCUCCGCGAUCGGGCCGUGAAGAUCACCAAGAUCGACCAAGAAAACGGCGGCGUCGAGAUCAACAACGUUUCAAUCACCGACCCGGAUCUGUUUCUCGGACCCCACCUCUCCGUUCACGGAGUCGCCGGAUUCUUCUCGCCGGUGAAACUCCAAGGUUCCGACCGGAGGGAAGAAAUAAUCGAAUCUCCGUCCUGCGAUUCCGACGACCCGGAGAUCCAAUGGCCAAGAAUCGUCCAGUCGCUGAGCUAUAAUGGGUUCGUCUCUUUCGCGAUAGGGCUCCACUCCGUUCUUGAUUCCAUCCCCAUUAACAUGAGCUCCGUCACCAUCUUCGCCCCCCCGAGCUUCGGGUUCUUGGAUUCCCCGUCUCCAUUGUUGGAUAGAGUGGUGAAGCUCCACUUACUGCCUCGGAUCUACAGUUUUGAGGAACUGUCAUCCCUGCCAAACGGAUCUGUUCUUGAGACACUGCUUCCAGGUGCAGAAAUCAAGAUCGGUGUUGAUGAUUCCACAAGAAGCUUGGCUGUCAAUGGAGUUGAGAUCACUGCUCCUGAUGUUUUGAGAUCCAGGAAUUUCACGGUUCAUGGGAUUUCUAGAGCUCUGGGCGUGUUUAACCAUGUUCUUGAUCAGAUUGCUUAGUUCUGGAGCUCUGUGAUUUUUGCCAUGGGGAGAGAAGAAACCAGUUCCUGGAAUUUUGGGUUUUUGUAUAGCUUUUUUUUUGGAUGUUGUGAUGAUGUGAAAACUUGGUUUGGAAUCCUCAUUCUGUUGUACAUAAAGAUUUUAAAAAAUG